AUGUCAUUCUUCGAGUUCCCUCCCAAGCCCAAAUCUGCCCUGGGUUGGCACCGUACCUUGUCACCGAACGCCGGCGUCAAAGUCUCGCCCAUUUGUCUGGGAGGCAUCAGCAUAGGCGAUUCCUGGAGCAGCAUCUUCGGCAAGAACGAGGACCCCUUCAAGCUGCUUGACGCCUAUUUCGCCCUUGGCGGCAACUUCAUCGACACCUCCAACAUCUACAACUCGGAGGACUCGGAGAAGCUCAUCGGACAAUGGAUGGAGGAGCGCGGCGUCCGGGACCAGAUGGUCAUCGCCACGAAGUACACGGCGGGAUACCGCGCGUACAACCGCGAAAAGGAGCCGCUGCAGAGCAACUUCACUGGAAACUCGGCCAAGAGCAUGCAAAUCUCGGUCCGUGACAGUUUGAAGAAGCUGCGGACGGAUUACAUUGACGUUCUCUAUGUCCACUGGUGGGACUGGACGACGUCGGUGGAGGAGGUCAUGAGGGGGCUACAUGCUCAUGUCAUGGCAAAAGAGGUGCUCUACUUGGGAAUAUCGGACACGCCGGCUUGGGUCGUGGUCAAGGCAAAUGCCUAUGCUCGUGCCAACGGGCUCACCCCGUUUUCCGUCUACCAAGGAAAAUGGAACGUUGCUCUGCGCGACAUGGAGGCGGAAAUAAUCCCCAUGUGCGAGGACCAGGGCAUGGCCAUCGUCUCGUGGGCAAGCCUUGGCGGCGGGCAGCUCUUGACAUCUGAGCAGAGGGAGAAGUUGGAGAAGGACCCCGAUGCCCGGCCAAACCCCUACGGGAACCCCCCCAUUGCCCUUUGCAACACGCUCGAAAGCUUAGCCAAGGAGAAGGGAACUUCGCUCCAAGCCAUUGCACUUGCGUACUUACUCCAUCAGUCAACAUACGUCUUCCCCAUUGUUGGUGUCAAUAACCUAGCCCACGUCGAGGCCAUGCCGGACGCCGUUGGCGUGGAGCUGUCAAAGGAAGACAUCGACGUCAUCCAUGAAGCAUCGCCGUUCGACCCAGGAUUCCCGAUGAACUUUUUCUUCAGCAGAUUCAAGGCCCAGAAGUAUGAUCUGAGCUUGACGGCAGCCGAUAACCAGCAAUACCGCCUUUCGGCGUGGAUUGACGCACCCCCGAAGCCUUCGCCAUACAAGCCCAGAAAGACGGGACACGAGACAGAGUAA